UGCAGUACGCCGCGCAUCAGCUCAACCUCUGGCCCCGUGUCUCUGCUCCAGAGACCUCUCCCACACUGCUGUGGACGGGGCAGGUUGGCGAUGCGUCGCGUUUCCGGGUCUGGGGUGCUCGUGCCUUUGUCCGCGAUACCACUGCGGACAAGCUCUCCACCCGCGCUGACGUCACCUUUGACGAGUCGGUACCCUUUUAUCGUCUGUUCCCCUACCGCACUGCUCCGCUCCCCCCCCCGCCUCUCUUCCUCACCCCAGGUGCCCCUUCGGUAGACCCCCUCCCUCCCCAGGGUCCUGCUCCCUCAGGUGUUUCCCAGGUAGACGCAGUCGAGCCUGUCGAGGUAGCUGUUGACUCUUGUCCUGAGAGGGGUACUGAGCCUGGGGGUGCUGGGGCUGGCGGUACUGAGCCUCGGGGUGCUGAGAUUGGGGGUGCUGUGCCUGGGGGUGCUGAGCCUGGGGGUGCUGAGCCUGGGGGUGCUGAGACUGAGGGUGCUGAGCCUGGGGGUGCUGAGACUGCGGGUGCUGAGCCUGGGGGUGCUGAGACUGGGGGUGCUGAGCCUGGGGGUGCUGAGCCUGGUGGCGCUCCCUCUUCACAGCAGCUGCGUGAGUGGUACUCUCAGCGUUGCGGCCUCCGGCGUGGGGCUACUGGAGCUGCGGGUACUGUGUCGCGGCCGGAGCCUCCCUCCCCUCAGCGGCUACGUGAGUGGUACGCUCGGCGUUGCAGCCUACGGAGUGGAGCUCCUAGUUUUGAGGUGCCGCCUGCUGGAGGCCCUGCUGCUACUGGAGGUGCUGCUGGUGCUGCUGGAGGUACUGGAGCUGCUGGAGGUGCUGCUAGUACUGGUCCUGCUGGAGGAGCUGCUGGUGCUGCUGGAGGUGCUGCUGGUGCUGCUGGAGGUCCUGGAGCUGCUGGCGGUGCUGCUGGUGCUGCUGGAGGUACUGGAGCUGCUGGAGCUACUGGUGGUGCUCCUGGUCCUGGGACUGGUGGUGCUACAGGAGCUGGUGCUACUGGAGGUACUGGAGUUGACACUACUGGAGGUGCUACUGCUGCUGCUGGGGGUUCUGGUGCUGUCUCUGCUGGUUCUGGGGGCACGUCACGGCCGCGGCCGUACUUCGUUCCGCUCCUUCAGCAGUUACAGCCUGCCUCGCCACUUCCUGGUCCCUCUCCCUACACUGGUCCGACAGGAGGUCUUACGGAGCGUCGUGAGCCUGAGUCUCGUUCUGCGUCACCUGUUCGUGCUGCUCGCACUGGUCGUCGUGUCCCGCGUCAGCGUCCUCCUGCUGUCCCCGGCACUCACCAGAUGUCGCUUCGUCUUUCCACUGCUCCACAGCGUGUCCCUCUGCCUUCUCCUCCUGCGUCCUCCCUUCCUGCCCUUCCUGACCCGGAGUCUGACUCUCUUCGUGCUGCUAGUCCUACUGUCACGCGUCUCCUGGCCACAGUUGUCACUGACCCUUCCUUUGAGUCAACUGCUGUGUCUGCCUUAGUUGCUGAGCUUGUCGACUUUGCUGCUCACUGUCGUCUAGACUACGCUGCGAGUCUUGUUGCUGAGUCUGAGUCUGUAUGUCCUCCGUCCAUCGGGGGUGAGUGUGCUCUUGGCACGGACGUCCUUGAGGACAGGCAGGAGGAGUUUGAGUGCUUUGCCGCCGCUGUACCUCAUCUCGUGUCCAUGCUGAUUGCACCUAAGGGAGACCCGGAUGCACCAGACAUCCCGACCCCGCGCUCUUACGCUGAGGCGAUCGCGGGUGAGUACUCCUCUCAGUGGCAGACAGCCAUGGAUGCAAAGAUGGCAUCCUGGAAGUCCACUGGCACUUACGUCGACGAGGUUCCCCCUCCUGGGGCGAACAUCGUCAGUGGCAUGUGGAUUUUCAGGGUGAAGCGGCCGCCAGGUUCUCCGCCUGUCUUCAAGGCUCGGUACGCUGCUCAAGACUUCAGUCAGCGAGAGGGAGUAGACUUCUUCCAGACCUUCUCCCCCACCCCGAAGAUGACCACUCUUCGGGUGCUGCUGCACGUUGCCGCUCAGCGUGACUACGAGCUUCACUCUCUUGACUUCAGCACAGCUUUCUUGCAGGGCAGCCUGCACGAGGAGAUCUGGCUGCGCCGCCCUCCUGGCUUCACUGGGUCGUUUCCUCCUGGUACCCAGUGGAGCCUCUGGCGGCCGGUCUACGGUCUCCGCCAGGCGCCACGUGAGUGGCACGACACACUGAGGACUACACUUGCGGCUCUUGGGUUCUCGCCUUCUACUGCCGACCCGUCGCUGUUUCUGCGCACCGACACUUCACUGCCGCCGUUCUACAUCCUCGUGUACGUCGACGACUUGGUCUUUGCCACUGCUGACACUGAGGCUCUCGCCCACGUGAAGUCAGAGUUGCAGAAGAGACACACGUGCACAGACCUGGGUGAGCUGACAAGCUAUCUUGGCUUGCGGAUCACCCGGGACAGAGCACGCCGCACCAUCACACUGACUCAGUCACACAUGGUGCAGCAGGUCCUUCAGCGCUUCGGCUUGACCAGGUCCUCGGCACAGGCCACUCCUCUGGCUACAGGUCACUCGCUCUCAGCUCCACCUUCGGACGAGUCCAUAGAGCCGAGUGGUCCUUACCCAGAGCUAGUUGGUUGCCUCAUGUACCUGAUGACUUGCACUCGUCCUGACCUCGCGUACCCUCUUGGCCUUCUAGCUCGCUACGUGGCUCCUGGUCGGCACCGAAAGGUGCACAUGGAUGCUGCUAAGAGGGUACUGCGUUAUUUGUGCAGUACGUCAGGCAUGGGGCUCGUGCUUGGAGGGAGGCGCUCAGUUGUUCUCACUGGGCACUCAGACGCUUCUUGGGUUGACGACCAGGCUACGCAGCGGUCGUCACAGGGUUACACCUUCAGCCUUGGCUCUGGUUCAGUUUCUUGGCGUUCUACUCGCUCGUCUUCAGUUCUCAGCUCCAGUUGUGAGGCUGAGAUCUACGCCACAGCCAUGGCUGCACAGGAGCUACGCUGGCUGACCUACCUGCUGACCGACUUGGGAGAGCGGCCUAGUUCUCCUCCAGUGCAGUGCGUCGACAACAAGGCUGCCAUUGCCUUGUGUGAGGAGCACAGACUGGAGCACAGAACGAAGCACAUUGCUCUCCGUUACUUCCUGGCUCGAGAGCUGCAGCAGCGCGGUCAGCUUCGUCUGCGUUACGUGGCCACUCAGGCCAACACUGCUUAUAUAUUCACCAAGGCACUUCAGCCUGGCGAUCAUCAGCGCUUCUGCACUAUGCUGGGGCUUGUGCCCACUUUUCCUCACUUGCUGUAG